UAUGUGUAACGGAAUACAUACCAAAUGCCGGUGGAUGGGAUGCCGUCGGUCAUAUGACCUCCACCGGCAUCCCGAUGCACUGAAACCUGACAGAAGUCGGGUAAUUACAGAUAAAAGGAAAUUGCAAGAAGAAAUUGCUCAAAGACGCCUUAAAAUUGAAGAAGAAAAAUUAAGUCUACAUCAUUUAAAGAAAAAAGCCCUGCGAGAAAAAUGGCUGUUAGACGGUCUAAGUACAAUGACCCCCGAGGAACAAGAAGAGACGUUGAGACAAAACCAAGAAGACCAGAAACAGAUCAAACUCCUGGAACUUAACAUUGGCAGACUAGAGCGAGAAAUUGACGAUCUUGAGAGGCAGGAAACCCAGUUAUCUGCCAAAGAGGUGCGUGUCCUACAGAGACUGAAGUCUGUAGAGAGGACUACAGAAGACAUCAUCAAGGCAGCCGCUGUAAACUAUGAAGUUCGAGAAGAACCCGUGCGAGACAUUUAUGCUGGCAUACCUGACUUACCACCGUCAUAUAAACCAACAUUUAUUAGGAGAAUGGAGAGUGAUUUGUGUGAGAAUGGGGAGGAGCCAAGAAAAGCGUUAUUUGCCAUGGAAAUCAAAGUUGAGAAAGAUAGGAAGACUGGGAAAAACACAGUACUAUCAUCGAUUCCAUUGCCCUCAAAUGAGUUUAAAGACACAGGAGUGAAAGUAUAUGAUGAUGGAAGAAAGUCCGUGUACGCAGUAAACUCUGAAGGAAAAGUGGCUAAAAAUGGGAUAGACAGCCUUGCUCCUGUGGAAGUAGAAGAUCUUUUGAGGAAAGCCACUGAAAAAAGCACACUGUCUCCUGCAGAGUAUCAUGAGCCUGUGUAUUCAUAUGAAUUCAACAGUUCCACCAAUCACAAAGGUCAGGUCUCCCCAAGAUUAAAUGGCCAAAAUUCUCCUGUCAUCACGGAUUAUCGAAAUGGUCACAGUCCUGUGGUACCAGAAGUUUUACCUCAAGUCAAAGAGUCCAGACCAAAGGAGCCAAUAUUUUCUCAGCCAAAAGUCAUCACACAAAACAAGCAAGCAAUCAGUGUGGAACCUCAACCGAUGGAAGAUCACAGGGCUGUGUUUAUGAACACCACUGAGUACCCUCCAACUGGUUUAGAAGAUGAUAUGCACUACAGCAUGGUCCAUGCCACACCUUGUUAUGUAGAUGACUCUGAACCAGUUACUAUGAUUUUCAUGGGCUACAAGAAUGCAGAUGAAAGUGACAGCAAACCACUUACAGAUUAUGAAGGAGUUAUUCGAGCUGAAUUAGUCGUCAUUGACGAUGAUGAUGAUUACAUCAAGGAAGAAGAAAAACCAGUAAAAGGACUGAUUUACCCACCAGAAACUCAGUCACAGCACAUUUCCAAUCCCUCUAUGCAAAAUAGUGUUGCCCAGAAACUACCAAAACACAAUGUAGCACUGCAGAGCGCUCAACCAUACAAGAACUCAAUAUCCUUAGAAGAACAAGAAGCAAGCCUGGGACCCCAUAACUAUCCCCCUGUAUACAAACCGAUAACAGAUGAUGGCACUGAGGACCCAUCGUUAACAGCAUUGAGGAUUAGAAUGGCCAAGCUGGGGAAAAAAGUGAUAUAAGACUCAUAACUACACCUGGAGACUCUUCAGCCGUGGAGGAAGAACUACGGAAGAGCUGUGUAUACUAUUUUACGUGGAUGUUUUUAUUGUUUCAGCUAUAGGCAUCUCGUGGUACUCCAGCUGUCUCUGAAUUGGCAAAGUAUGCUGGGACAAUUUUUUUGGACAGUAUAGUAGCUGGAUAGUCACUAAUGCCUGUCUCCUGCCCUAUUGCUAUGUGGAUAAAGCUAUGCAAGCUAAAGUAUUUUGUUAUAGGAAGCAUAUUAUCAUUUAGCGUUGGAACGUGAUGCAAUAUGUACUGUACCUAGCAACGGCCAUAUUUGGCAUUGUCAGUUGCUGCUGCAUUUAUUCUGUAGUCAUGUUAGCCUAAGCAGUUUCAGGCAAGAUCAGUCUUGACUUUCUACGCAUUUACGAGCGUGAUUUUUUUUUUUUAAAUUACAUUAUGAAAUACAGUAUCUGCAUCAUAAUUACACCAAUUGGACUGCGUUAGUUAUGUAAUUGCUGGUGAAUUGUUCUUUUUCAAGGUCUGCUUACUGUUGAGGGAGCAGCCUAAUGCUGCCAUGCUUUUCAUGAUUUGCAUCGUCUGUGAUGAAAGAAUGUUCCCUCAGUACAGAGCAAUUGCUCUGCAGCUGUGUAUAAAUACUGGCAAAGAUCUUUUGUCAUUCCACUGAUAUAAUCAUUCUGCAUUAACUUCUGCAUCUUUUACUAAAAUAUACUUUUAAUAAAGUUGGUUUUCUAUAAUGUAUUCCCAGAGUCUACUUCCUAUCUCUUAGGCUCAGGCCAGGAUUUGUGGAACACCGCAUAGGCCCAAACCUAAGGGAACAGGAGUAUAGGAUUGUCUCAUUUUGCAUGUUGAUAGUUUGUAUAUUUUAUAAUGUACUCUUUACAUUAACAUUUUUAUUAUACAGAGUUAAAAUGUACUUAACUCUUACAUUUCUGAUGCUGUAUAGGCUUGGACCAUGACCGCUACAGUCUUAGAGCACGAACAUAUGCAGGGCCAUCUUAGCAGCAUAGUAGGCCCUGUGCAAAGCAAUGCACUGGGACCCCUACACACCAUUCGCAGGAACCAGUUUUAAAAAAAAUCAUAACUUGCCCCACGCAGAUCCACACCUUCUCCCUACAUGCUUCCAUACAGUGAAUGGCUUUCAGUACUCAGAUUUGUGUAUAGCUCCAUCCAUCCACCAAUCAGCAUGCUUACAGCCAUUCACUGUCUGGCUGUAGGCUGGGAGGCAGGUAGAGAAUGCUGCACCAUCAUUCUGAUUGUGUGACCACCACCCGCCACUGCUUAAAGGCCCCUAGAACUGUGAGCCCUGGGCAGCUGCCCAGUGUGCCAAUACGUUAAGAUUGCCCUGGACAUAUGGGUGGUCAGAGAAAAAGGGGCCUAGGUUGACAGAAGAUAUAAAUGUGAGUCUGUUAAUUGUACUUCUACACUACUGUUUUUUAUAUUUUGCAUGUUUUGUGAGGUGUUUUUUUUUUUGUGUUUUAAGAAGCCCACCAGGUACGAGCAUAGCCCUGGAAUGGUGUAAGGGUGGAAAAAAAUCUUUUGCCACUUUUACGAAAGACUUCUAACAAAAUAAAAACUCUAGACAUGCUUUUUUCAAUAUAGAUAUGCCAGCGGAGGAGAUAUUGGCCCAACUUUUUGAAAAUGGCAUCCUAAAUAGGGCACUGCUUACUAUAACUAACUCCUUUAAGCACCUACAUUUUCAUACAGCAUAUGAUCUGUCUUACAUGGCAGACUCUAUGAACAGAAUGUUGAAUCAGGUUCCUUUCUCUGCUGGAAACCAAACUAAUUGGCAUUAAAAAGUGUGCCCAUGUUGUGCCUUAUGUCUCGGUGAUCUCCCUGGUCACUGGUUAGUAGUAGAUAGAUAGGCUUCAUGCUUGUAAUACUAUACAGCCAACAAAUUAGCUGCUUUCACCGUAACUCCCAACUGUCCACAAGAUUACUCCACUGUCACAUGAUCUGGGCGGUCACCCUGAUUUACAGUAUUUGUAUAAAAUUAUUUUUAGGGGAAAAUGCCGACCUUGGAAGUUACCAUGCCUUUAUGGAGAUAACAGCAUGACAGACUACACCCACUACGACAGUCAUGCUCUGGACAUAACCUAACCACAAUUUACCAUCAACCUAUAUUGGUAGGUGUUGCUUCCAUGUAUAUACCCAGCCAUCUAUAACAGCGGUCACUGCCAAACGAGUGGGUAUAUGGGCCGUCUGGGAUUUUGCGUGUCGGUAUAUCACUGGCUGCCAGUCUCCUGUACGCCGGGAUCCCGACAGCUGACAUUUUAACUGCAUUCCCAAUUAUCAUGUACCAAAGGAAACAGUGAGUCAUAAAAUGUGAGUGUUGGCAGCGGUAGCAUGAAAAGUUGAAAUAUGCUCUUUUUCCAUCAGUUUAUAUCCUUAUGAGACCUUUGUAAGAAUAGUUGUUUGCUAGUGACUAAUUUAAAUGUAUAAAACAUGAAUGCUUCUAGUCUUUGCAGUGCUGAAGCCCAUUCUACCAUUUGUUUUUGUUAGCUCUAUACUGGUAUUAAGCAGGUCUGGUCCUGACUUGCACAAGUUAUGUCAAAUACAUUAUAGUCUCGUUAUAAACUAUUAAAUGGUUAUUACACUAUAUAAGAACGCUGUGCCUUAUUUUGUCUUAAGAAUGUAUUUUUUUCUGGCCUACUUUUAUUUAUUUGUGAUGUCCAUAUAAUUCUCCAGUAAUGCAAGAAAAUAAAUGCUUAAAGACAA